GUUGGUCAGUUGGGAACGAUGCCCCGCCCUAUUCUCUACUAUACAGACUUCAAAUAAACCUGACAUUACAUUUCCGUUUAAUCGCUAUUUAUAACCCUUAUUAGCUUUAAUACGCUCAUUACCGGCGUUUUGACUGAGCUUACAUCAGCAUCCGUUCGCGCGCGUCGUCAGGUGCUGCAUCCGUCCAUAAACGCCCACCUAGGUCCAGCAGACGGGAGCUGCGCUUACAUCCGAGAUGGCAAAAGCAGACCAGCGUUUUGGCCAGAGGGAUGGAUCCGAUCAGAACUUUGACUACAUGUUCAAACUCCUGAUCAUUGGAAACAGCAGUGUAGGCAAGACCAGCUUCUUAUUCAGAUACGCAGACGACUCCUUCAGCAACUCAUUCGUCAGCACGGUCGGGAUUGACUUCAAGGUGAAGACUGUUUACAGGAAUGACAAGAGAGUUAAACUUCAGAUAUGGGAUACAGCUGGACAGGAGCGAUAUAGAACUAUAACUACAGCUUACUAUAGAGGAGCCAUGGGCUUUAUCCUGAUGUAUGACAUCACCAAUGAAGAGUCAUACAAUGCGGUCCAGGACUGGGCAACACAGAUCAAGACUUAUUCUUGGGAUAACGCUCAAGUGAUAUUGGUGGGGAACAAAUGUGACGUGGAUGAGGAAAGAGUGGUCCCUUUCGAGAAGGGGAAGCACCUAGCCGACCAGUUGGGUUUCGAAUACUACGAAGCAAGCGCCAAGGAGAACAUCAACGUCCGACAAGUGUUCGAGCGUUUGGUUGACAUUAUCUGCGUGAAGAUGUCCGAAAGAGUCGAUACGGAUCCCUCACUGGUCACCGGCGCCAAAGCCACCAGGCUAACCGAUAAGCCGCCCCAGCUACCUCAAAAUUGUUGCUGAUUUCAAUCUUUCCUCACUCGCCAUUCGGCCGUGGAUACGUCGUUGUUUUGAAUUCAGUUGUGUGGCAAUCGGAACGACCUAUUAGAUAGUAGCUAUCACACACAUGAGUAGUUUGGUAACAAUAGCACCUCUUAUCUACAGUCCAUAGAAAACUUAACGCAGGGACUAGAAAAAAAGCACAAAGCUAUGUGGCUAUCAGAACUUCUGUGUUCACUGCCGAAACUAGAUUUGAAAUCUGUUAUGGCACAAACUUGCAAAUCUUUAAAGUUGUAUUUCAAUUGUGGUAUAUCAGUAGUUUAAUAGUGGUUGAAAAUGCUUGGUUUAUACAAUAUAUCGUUCCACUAAACAAGAAAACUUCAAAAUGGCUGUCAUUAUGCAGACUUUGGGUGUUUUUAUGGUGCUCGGCUGUUUGUUUGAUAUUGAAAGGAAUUGCACAUUGGAUGUUGGACUCCAUCUAUAUCCCCUUAGUAUGCAUUUUUGAGAGUAUGAGCACUUGUUGAGACAGAAAACCGUUGUGAUGUUAAUCUCAAAAUCAGACAUACCGCAAAAUGAAAAUUUAUGUCUUACACAAAAACAUAAUAUGUUGAAUUUAGUAUUGUCAGAAGCCAUCUGUAACAGUUAUGAGUACUAAUAGACUGAACACGCAAUCGACGUAUUCCAUAGUCAGGUGAUGUUCAGUUUCUUAUAAAAUCUAUAUUUAUUCUUCACUAAAAUCCUUAAGCAGAACGUUAAAAAUGAAUAUAUUGUGAACUCGUGCCAGGAUGUCUUUAUAUUUCAGAAACUUGUAGCAAAUCCCUGUGGAUUGGUGUACGUAUAACCUACUUUGGAAUUUUAUCAAGUGAUGUCAUGUACGAGUGGUUUAUGUAUUUAUAGUAGAAAUGAUUAUUCAAAAUGAGAUAUUUUUCAAUCAGAUGUUAUAGGCUGCAUUUUUUUCCGAGUAGAUAUUUAUUUUUAUGCUGCUGGUUACUUUAUUGGGAAUAUGUAGAUGUUAUUUUGCUGUCAGUGUAUUUUGAUUUGUAGACAAUUUGCACUGCAGCGUAAAAGUGAUUGUAUAAUUGUGAAUGUUACUUUUAGAUGCAAUUUGUAACAAUAAAAGCACAAGUCACAUGUAA